AAUUUCUAAACAAAGAAGCUAAUAAUUUUUUUUAUUAAUUCAUAUAAAACUAAUGUUUAAAAUUGAACUAUUAAUAUUGAUCUUGCACUUUAAAUAAAUAAACAAAAAUACUUCAUUAAUAUAUGAUUUGUACAAUAUCAUCAAACAAAUUUCAACAAAUAUAAAUUUUCAAAAUAAAAAUUAUAUACAUAAAAUUGAUAUUAGAUAUAUAUCUUUAUAACAUAUUUUAUAUUUUAAAUAUUAAUUUAAAAAUAUAAAUAUAUCCGUACGGAUGUGCGGGUUAAUAUCUAAUUAUUUUUGACAGCUUGGUUUGUGCUGCGGGAGUAGGAAGUGCAGCAUUAUUUGCUACUCCCUCUGUUUUUUUAUUUGAUGUUAUAGAGAUUUAACGCUAAUUACCCGCGUGGAAGUAUCUAGGUAUAAAUAUAUCAUUCCACCAAUUCCAUGAAUAAUUAGAUAAAAUUCAAAGAAAACUAUUCUGAAACAAAUUUGUUUAUGAAUGAAUGGAAUAAAAUCCAUUCUAUUUUUUGUUGUAUUUCAUUCUUAUAUUUCCAUAUAUUAUUCCACUAAUUCCAUAUUAGUUUAUCAGUUAUGGCCAAAAUCACACAUGUUAUAAGAAAGUUUUUUUAUAUGAAUAACUUAACAUUUUAAAAAUAAAAAUUUUAAUCAUUUUUCUCAUUGUAUGUUCUUUUAGUCAAAAUAAAUAUUUUUUAACUCUUUUUGGAGAUUCACCCUAUUUAUUAAUAAUGAUGUACUUAUCAUCUUCUUUCUCUCUCCCCAUUUCUCAUAUAUCUUUGCGAGUCUCUCUUCCCUCACAUGCAUAGACAAACCAACCACUUCUUCACACUCAUUGCAUAACAUCGCGGCUAAUUUAACAAUGUCGUUGAACCGACUUAUCUUCCCUUUCUUCAUCCUCGUCUCUCUCAUCCUCUCCGGCUUCGCGUCCUCUCAGACAUUACCCAAAGAAGAAGUGGAUGCUUUAAGAGCCGUAGCGACGGCUUUAAAGAAGAGUAACUGGAAUUUCAAUGUCGAUCCAUGCGACCUCACCUCAUCUGAAGGUGGUUGGAGAAAUCUUAACGCCACCAGCAAACAAUUUGCAGACACCGUUACUUGUAACUGCUCCUCCACCGUUUGCCAUGUCACCAGCAUAGUUCUCAAGGCACAAAGCCUCCAAGGAUCUCUUCCUAAAGAGUUUGCAGGACUUCCUUUUCUGCAAGAGAUUGAUCUGUCUAGAAACUAUCUCAACGGUUCCAUUCCUCCCGAAUGGGGAACCCUGCCACUUGUAAACAUCUCACUGCUUGCAAACCGGAUACGCGGUCCAAUACCGAAAGAGAUUGGAAACAUUACAACCCUUAAGACCCUUGUCUUGGAAUCUAAUCAGAUCUCAGGGAACUUACCUCCAGAGCUCGGGAAUCUACAAAACAUUGAUAAAAUCCUUCUUGGCACGAACUACUUGACUGGAGACAUCCCAAGUACAUUUUCCAAACUUACUACGUUGAUUGAUUUCCGUAUAAGUGACAACCAGUUUACCGGAACUAUACCAGAUUUCAUCAAGAACUGGACAAAACUUUUUAAACUGGCUAUUCAAGCAAGUGGUUUAGUUGGACCGAUUCCUAGUACCAUUGGUACUCUUGUGAAAUUAACAGACUUGAGAAUCAGUGACUUGAAUGGACCUGGUUCUCCAUUUCCACCAAUACAAAACAUGACAUCGCUGAAGACAUUGAUUCUUAGGAACUCCAAUCUUACAGGAGAAUUACCUGCUUAUCUUGGAUCAAUCACAACGUUAAAGCUCUUAGAUCUUAGCUUUAACAAACUCAGUGGACCAAUCCCAGCAACAUAUAGCAAUCUUUGGAAUGUAGAUAACAUAUAUUUUACAAGUAACAUGUUGAAUGGGGAAGUACCAAGGUGGGCGGUAGACAAAGGAAACAAUAUUGAUCUUACUUACAAUAACUUCUCCAAAGAUCGAACAACUAAAGAAUGUUCGCUGCGUAAUGCGAAUAUGUUUUCAAGCACAACCACAAGCCCUUUAGCGGCAAAUAACUACUCAAACGUUGCUUGUCUGAGUUACUACAUAUGUCCUAAGACAUUUUAUGGCCUUCAUAUAAACUGUGGUGGUGAUGAACUAACAGUCAACGGGACUAUGUAUGAUUCGGAUACAUGGGAGAAACCAUUCCAUGACGGUAGUCGAACCGGUUGGGUUUCUAGCAACACCGGGAACUUCUUGGACGAUGAACGGGAUCUCAAAGUAACAACCUUAUGGACAAAUACAUCAGAGCUUAAGACAGCAGAGCCUAGUCUUUACACACAGGCCCGUCUCUCGGCCAUUUCCCUCACUUACUUGGCAUUGUGUCUUGGAAACGGAAGCUAUACAGUUAAACUUCAUUUCGCUGAAACUAUGUUCGGUAACAAUGAAACCUAUAGCAGUUUGGGGAGACGAUUCUUUGACAUAUAUGUUCAGGGUAAACUUGUGGUUAAGGAUUUUGAUAUUGUGAGUGAGGCAAAAGGUGCUGGAAGAGUUGUGGUUAAGAGUUUUCAAGUUAUGAUUACAAAUGGGAUGUUGGAAAUAAGAUUGUUUUGGGCUGGUAAAGGAACUCAAGCUAUUCCUGUAAGAGGUUCAUAUGGCGUUCUCAUAUCAGCUGUAUCGGUAGAUCCAAAUUUCAAUGUUAGUGGAACCUCUAUUGGCAUAAUAGUUGGUGCUGCAGUGGCUUCGUUGGUGUUUCUUGUGCUUCUAAUCGUUGGUAUUUUAUGGUGUAGAGGUUGCUUUAGACCCAAGAGUCAGAUGGAGAAAGAUUUCAAGAACUUGGAUUUCCAGAUUAGUUCCUUCUCCUUGAAGCAAAUCAAAGAUGCUACAGACAACUUUUAUCCAGCAAAUAAGAUAGGAGAAGGUGGCUUUGGUCCUGUACACAAGGGAAAGCUACCUAAUGGAACUUUAAUCGCGGUGAAGCAGCUGUCGUCUAAAUCAAACCAAGGGAACAGAGAGUUCUUGAACGAGAUUGGUAUGAUCUCUGCUCUAGAGCAUCCACAUCUGGUUAAACUAUACGGAUGCUGCGUGGAAGGUGGCCAGCUCUUGCUAAUCUACGAGUACUUAGUAAACAACAGUCUCGCUAGAGCACUUUUCGGUCCUCUAGAGACUCAAAUACGACUAGACUGGCCGAUAAGGCAGAAGAUCUGCGUCGGAAUAGCAAGAGGAUUAGCUUACCUCCACGAGGAAUCAAGACUCAAGAUUGUACACAGAGACAUCAAAGCUACUAAUGUCUUGCUGGACAAGGAACUAAACCCGAAGAUUUCGGAUUUUGGUCUUGCUAAGCUUGAUGAACAAGAAGACACACACAUGAGCACACGAGUCGCAGGAACAUAUGGAUACAUGGCUCCAGAGUAUGCGAUGAGAGGUCAUUUGACAGAUAAAGCAGACGUCUACAGCUUUGGCGUCGUGGCUCUAGAGAUCGUUCAUGGAAGAAGCAACACGAGCGCACGUUCCAAAGCCGAGACCUUCUACCUUCUUGACUGGGUACACGUUCUAAGGGAGCAAAACAAGCUGAUGGAAGUAGUAGACCCGAGGCUUGGAACAGACUACAACAGAGAAGAAGCAAUGAAGAUGAUCCAGAUUGGUAUCCUCUGCACCAGUCUAGUUCCGUCGGACAGACCGUCGAUGUCGACGGUGGUGAGCAUGCUCGAAGGACACUCCACGGUGGAUGUUGAGGAGCUUCUUGAAAAUUCGUUCAGUAGGGGAAAUGAGAAAGACGAAGAGAGUGUGAGGGCGAUGAAGAGGCAUUUCGCGAUGAUAGGUGGACAGGAGAUGACGAAUGUGACGAAGCAUACUACAAACAACGACGGACCAUUCACUUCGUCGUCUUCGUCCUCGGCCAACGCCGGUGAUCUUUACCCUGUUAAGCUUGACUCUGCUUACUGGAACUCUAGAGUUUGAUCAUGGAUUAUGUUUUUGCAAGAAACAAAACAACAAUUAAAUUACGGGGGAAGUAAUUAUGACCCUCUUUUUUUGUGCAAAAUUAUGACUCUCUUUGUUUCGCUUUUUGUACGUAAAGUUUUCUUUUAAUGUUUGAAUUACAAUUGUCCUGUUUAAGACAAUCUGAAGACUACGUUUGAUGAAGCAGAAUAUGAGAUAUCUUAAGAGAUUAAACAUGUCCAAACCGAUUUAUAUGAAGUAAUUAUGAAUUAUGGAGUAAGUAACUAUGAAUCUUUAUAUAAUGCUUUUGUAAAAUAAAAUAAAAAUAUGGAGUAAGUAAUUAUGAAAUAGUUUACAAAAAAAAAUAAUUAUGAAUCUUAUUCUUUGUAAAAUUUCCUUAUAUUUGAAUUACGAUAUGUUUUAUGCAAGACAAUUUGAAGGUUACAUUUCUUGAAAUUGAAUAUGAGAUAUAUUGAGAGAUUAAACAGGUCCAAAACAAUUUAGAUGAAGUAAUGCGAGGGAAGACAAAAUAUUGUUGUUCUGUUAAUAUCUUUUCUUGUUUUGCAAUUGAAGUAUGAUUUGGCGAUUAGUUUUGUGAAUAGAAUCAAUGUUGUGGUUUGUAAACUUUUAUACAAAAAUCUACUAUAUUAAAAUAGAGUCCUAUUUAAAAUUUAUCUUGGUACAUGAUAUUUGGUCCACUUAAUACACUAUUUAUUCCAAUGGAUUAAUCUAUCAUAUUAUUUGCGAAGUAAAUUUUUGGAAUCGAGCUCUCACGUUAAAAGUUAGAGUGGUUAAUAUCGUUUAUACCCUUAAUGAAUAAAAUCUAUAAAUUAACUAAAACAUAAAAACGAAUUUAAAAUUAUUUGGUUAGAUAAGUUAUUAUUAAUAAUAAAAAAAACUUAUCCAAAAUCUGAAAUAUAUAUUUUAAAAUAAAAUAUAAUUCCUAUAUUUUUUUGUUGUUAUCCGAAAACAUAUUUUAAUAAAAAAUUUAAAUACUAAAAAUUUAAAACAAAAAACACACAGAAAAAAUAUAUCUUAAUAUUAUUCAAAAAAUAAUUUUAGAUAAUUUUUAUUACAUGUCAAUAUAAAAAAAAUUUAGUUGAGGGGUUUUAAGGUUAAAACCUCAUAAAUCUUCUAUCUUUUACUAUAUUAUAUUAAAAUAAAUAUAAAUUCAUGUAUAUAGUUUUAUGUAUAUUUUUAUGUGUUUAUAAAUGUUUUGAAGAUUAUUUUACAUAAUAAUAGAUAUUUUAUUAAAAUAAAAAACUUUAGCGUAUAUAUA